AUGUAUAUUUGGAACAACGAUGCAAAUACUACAUUUGAAGGACCUGAAUCAGGAAUUAUUAAUAAUGAUGUUAUUACGUUGGAAAUCCAACCACCGACGAUGCCCCCUUUGCUUGGUACAGGAUGUACUACAUUUGGGUUUGUUGAUCGGAUAACUUUUGAUAUUUCGGUCCCAUUCAAUCAAACUAUAUAUAUUCCCCCCCCUGAUCUUGAAUAUGCACCACUAAUUUUUACUGGACCACCUUUACCAGAUAACAACAUUGUACUUCGAGGGUUUUCUGCAACAUAUAGCAGGCCGCUUAGUGUCGAUUAUUACUCUGAAACCACAGACCCUGGAUUGUUUAGUUAUGCUUAUAACAAUGUGACCGGGAUACUAAAUUAUAUGACACCGGGUGGUACAUUCAUUUUCGAUAUUGGAACUGGGUUUAACGAAAGUACAAUUGAUUUGUCUAUACCUGGUACUAUCAAUUUAGGACCACUUAAUGUAGCACAAACAGCACCCUCAAACUGCCCAGCAGAUCCCUCUACUGAUGCGGAUGGUGUUUUCCCCUGUAAAUAUUUUGGCUUACUACUACCAGACCCCGUGACAAAAGUUUCGUCUUAUUAUCAAGGCAAUAUAACUGAGGUCAUUUCAUAUUAUUAUACUAUAGCAUCUGACAGGUUACCUAGUGUGGCAGCGAAUGUCUUAUAUUAUAUUCCGUCGAUUAGUAUCCCUCCUCCUUAUACUACUACUGCUACCUACGGCAGCGAGGUGGACACACAAUUGUUUUCCUAUUAUUUGACACCUAGCUCAUACAUGGGUUUGACAAACCUACCAUUUCUUAGAUCACACGGGCGUUUCUUAUAUUUUCCAUACACCACAACACUUACAACAGACAGUAUGACUGUCUCGGGAUUGGUUUCAUUUUACACUGUUAGCGAUGAUUUCAAUCAGUAUGUUGAAUCAACAACUUUAUAUUUCACUAAAACUAAAAAUGUCACCACUACCGUGACGGAAUAUCCUAUGGGGACAAUUUACCCAACAAACUGGAUUUUCAAGCUGAUUAGUGGAACCUCAACAACUACUUAUUCCACUUCAAUAGAGACGUAUGUUGUGAAAACACGAUCCUGA